GCCGUAUUGCAAGUCGAUAAAUAAGAGCUCUAGUAGUCGAGUUCAACUUAUUUUUUGUGUAUCGAAUCACAACGUACAGAAAGAAAUUUGCCAGAAAAUCCGAAAAUAUGUUUCGCUUUUUCGUGGUGGCUGUGGCGCUCUUUGCGCUGGUCGACGCGCAAUACCAAAGGAUUACGUUGCACAAGAUGAGUUCUAUUCGAAAAAAUUUGAAGAAAGCUGGUAUUGACUUGAAAAAAACUCAUUUUGACGUAUCAGAACCUUUGUCUAAUUAUUAUGAUGCUCAAUAUUAUGGUAACAUUACCAUCGGAACUCCUCCGCAGUCGUUUUCAGUUUUAUUUGAUACUGGUUCCUCAAAUCUUUGGGUACCAUCGGCAAAAUGUGCAAGUGACGAUGAGGCUUGCUUGUACCAUCAUAAAUAUUACAGUAGCAAAUCCAGUACAUAUAAACCAAUUAAUACUCCAUUUUCUAUCCAGUAUGGCACUGGCAGUUUAACUGGAUUCCUAUCUUCUGAUGUAGUGACUGUUGCCGGCCUCCCUGUUAAAGAUCAAGGAUUCGCAGAAGCCGUCGAGCAGCCAGGUGAAACGUUUGUUUAUUCAGAGUUUGACGGUAUCUUGGGCAUGGGUUAUCCCGAGAUAUCCGAGGAUGAAGUGACGCCCGUCUUCGUAAACAUGGUUAAACAACACUUAGUAGAACACCCUAUUUUUAGUUUCUAUCUGAGUCGAGACUCUUCAGCCGAGAAAAGUGAACUGAUAUUGGGUGGUUCUGAUCCCAAUCAUUAUGAGGGUAACUUCACAUACGUUCCUGUUACUCAGAAAGGAUACUGGCAAUUUACUAUGGAUAGUGUCUCGAUAGGUGAUUACAACAUAACUGAUAACACCCAACAAGCUAUUGCUGACACAGGUACUUCAUUAUUAGUUGGACCAGAUAAUUACAUUGCCUUUAUUAACGAAUUAAUUGCAGCUGACGAGAAUGGACUUGUGAAUUGUGCUAUUGUUGAUCAAUUGCCUAUAUUUAGUUUCAUUCUGAGUGGUGUGUCACACCCUCUUUCCCCUAACGAUUAUAUUCUUCGAGAAGAAGAAUAUGGCCAGCAGUUAUGUUUCAGCGGCUUUCAAUCAAGCGGAUCUGAUUCAUCUCAGGCGUUAGGUCCGGCAUGGAUUCUUGGCGAUGUAUUUUUGCGUAAAUACUACAGCGAGUAUGAUAUGGGAAAUAACCGAGUGGGAUUCGCUCAUUCGAAAUAAAAGCCGAUCGCUUUGAAAACGACUAAUUGCUAUAUAUAUAUAUAAACGACCUCGCAAAUAAUUAAAAUUACUUUUGAUUGCUUAUUUGAUAAUUUUUAAUUAUAUUCCUGCGGUGUACUCUCUGUUAAAAAGGAUAUUUGUGAUACAUUCAAAAAUUAAAACAUACAGGAUGCUUCCGUAACAUACAUAUCGGUAAGUUGGGUUGCCUAUCUGACGAUCGGUCUUCUUUUACCGACAUCGCAUAAUUGUAAAAUAAUAAAAUCAGAGGAUCGAUCAUGUAAUUUUUUUUCAUGAAAAGUGAAAAAAUUCCUUGAUUGAUAUAUUGAAUGCAAAUCCGUAAGGAAUCAGGAAAGUAAAAUCAGCUUUUAACAUUGAUAUAGUGUAAUUGUAAUAUUUAA